GUUGAUGCAAACGUUUCCACUCGUCAGUGUUGAACCCACGUGUCUAGUGUUCUGACGCGGGGCGCCGGCUACAACAUCGCCGCCAACAUUCCAACAAACCGCCCGGUAUAAGUACUACGUGCGGGCUAGCAGUCAGGCAAUACACAGGGCGUUCCUUCGUGCAAUACUGACAGAGAUUCGUCCCCUCCUCUCCGCAUCGUCGCCAUGAGAAUUACCCAAGCCGUCCUCGCACUACCCAAGCUAGAAAAGAUCAAGAAGUGGCGACCCUACAAGCCCGACAGUUUCAUGAAGUAUGCUCGGUUAUCUAUGCUGAAGGAUCCUUCGGUGUGGCCCCUGGUGACCAUUGUAUCGGGAGUAGGGUGUUUGGCGCUGGCUGCUUUGGGUUGGACGGCGUUCAGCAAGGCUGAUGUAGUUUUUGACAAAAGUCACGAACCAUCAUGGAAUGAGGUACCCAUGGACAGACCAACACAGAAGCUUGUCACAAUAAACCAGACGUACAAGGACAUCCCAGAGGUUCACGUUAUGGAAGAAAUCGAGAAGGAAGAGAAGCACUAGCUAUCCCCUAGCCCUGCAAGGUUAUAAAGAAUCGCAAGGUGGCGUGCGUGAGUGGCUGAGCCGUGCCAUGCCCCGUGAUUAGUAUGUCGCAGUAUGUUUUCCCCAGAGAGUAACUAUAUGCUGCAAAGACCUAGAAUAUUCGAUUAUAGUUCUUGGGUACGAGUUAGCUAUAGCCAAUUAUUCCGUCUAUAGAAUAUUUUGAGGCCUGUCCACGUAAAGCUAUUUUUACUAGAUCACUCGAUCGACAAACUUAAAAAAAGUGAGUGACAGAGAGGCAUAAAUAGAUGGACCAAGGAUGAAAUAGAGAAAUGAAACAUUUCAUAUAUAGUCAUUUGACAGCCUGUUAUAAAGAAUGGUUUUACUGUAUUGAAGGAAGAAGCAGGGUUUUGAUACAUAAAUGUUGUCGAGUUAGCGUUGAACAAAAUUGAGCUGAAGAGGGUUAAGCGUACAAAGAAUAUGUAAUAGGCUUGGAUCGGGAAAGGCUAAGGAUAAGCAAAAAGGCUAAGAAAU